AUGAGUGCCAACGUCGCCUCGUCUGUGCCUCCAGUGCAAGGAGUGGAUGUGAGAAGAUGCCGACGGCUCAACUCGGUUGAGAUGAAGAAGGACAGCAGAGCGCCGGUUAUCUAUUGGAUGUCCCGGGAUCAGCGCUCACAAGACAACUGGGCACUGAUCUAUGCUCAGCGGUUGGCCCUUCAGCGGUCCGCCCCGCUACAUGUCGUUUUCUGCCUUGUGCCCAAGUUCUUGGACGCAACGCUGCGCCAGUAUGACUUCCUCCUCAAGGGUUUGCGGGAGGUUGCUGCUGAUCUGGAGUCCAAGCAAAUUCCCUUUCACCUGCAGCUGGGCAAGGCCGCUGACAAAGUUCCAGCCGUGGUGGACCAGUUGGGAGCACAGAUGGUCGUUUGCGAUAUGUCUCCACUUCGGGUUCCCAGCGAAUGGGCGCGGGAUGUUGCGAACCUAUGCCAAGCCAAAGAGGUUCCGGUGGUGCAGGUCGACGCGCACAACGUGGUGCCAGUCUGGGCUGCGUCAGACAAGCAAGAAACUGCAGCGCGAACCAUUCGGAAGAAAAUCAUGCAGCCGUUGGGGACGUACUUGACAGAGUUCCCCAGCGUAGAUCGACAUCCGCACAAGUUCAAGGGCGAAAUUUCACAGCCCAUUGACUGGGAAGGGGCCGAAAACUCACUUCAGGUCGACACAUCAGUUCGGCCGGUCGCAGGUAUCGUGCCAGGGGCUGCAGCCGGCCACGCAGCGCUAGAGAAUUUCUGCAAACGCCUCUCAAGGUACGAUGAGCAUCGGAAUAACCCCAACGAAAAUGCACUGUCAGGAUUGUCGCCCUGGCUGCAUUUUGGGCAAAUCUCUGCACAAAGAUGCGCUCUGCGUGUACGCCGGAUCGGGGAGGCGAAGUCUGCGACAGCCGGCGAGAAGAAGAGCUGUGAAGCUUUCAUUGAGGAGAGCAUUGUGAGACGGGAGUUGUCAGACAACUUUUGCUUUUACAACGCCCGCUAUGACAGCUUGGAAGGAGCUGCAGGUUGGGCCCAGCAAACUCUGAAGGACCAUGCCAAGGAUAAGCGAGAGCACCUGUACUCAAGGGAGGAGCUGGAGAAUGCCAAAACGCAUGACGAUUUGUGGAAUGCCGCGCAGCUGCAGAUGGUCCGCGAGGGAAAGAUGCACGGCUUCUUGCGAAUGUACUGGGCCAAGAAGAUCCUGGAAUGGUCGCCAUCUCCCCAGGAGGCUCUUGAUCGCUGCAUUUGGUUGAACGAUCGCUAUGAGCUUGAUGGCCGUGACCCCAAUGGCUAUGUGGGCUGCAUGUGGAGUGUUUGUGGGGUUCAUGACAUGGGAUGGAAGGAACGGGAGGUGUUCGGGAAGAUUCGCUUCAUGAACUAUGCCGGAUGCAAGCGGAAGUUCGACGUGGCUGGCUUCGUCGCAAAGUUUCCAGGCGCCGUGCCCCACGGAGCAGAAGCAGCACCAGCACCCAAGAAGAGAAAGGCCAAAGCGAAAGCAAAGGGGGCGGCUGACAAAAGGGCUUGA